CGGGGCCUGAGGUGGGCCGGGGGCCCAGGGAGAAAGGCGGGGAGACGAGGGCGGGCUGGGCGGAUUCGACGAGCGCCGCGGCGGUUGGCGAAGCGGACGGGGUGCAGCCUUCCCGGUGCAAGGAACGGUUCCCGCUGACAGAUCCCCUUCUUCCGGCCGCGCCACCCGGGAGGCGGAUCCCCGGGGCCUGAGGAGGCUUCCUCGGCCCGGCCCGCCCUCCCUCCCUCCCUCUCCCGCGGGUCACCCAAACGGCCUGUGAGGAGGAGGAGGAGGUCGUCGGGGGCGGCGGCAGACGAAGACCGCGCUCCCCCUUUCCCGGCGGCGGCAGCGGCGGGGGCAGGACAAUGGAGGUGGCUGUGGAGAAGGCGGCGACGGCGGCCGCGGCGGCAUCGGCGGCGGCCGCCGGGGGGCCCUCGGCGGCGCCAAGCGGGGAGAACGAGGCCGAGAGUCGGCAGGGCCCCGACUCGGAGCGCGGAGGCGAGGCGGCCCGGCUCAACCUGUUGGACACUUGCGCCGUGUGCCACCAGAACAUCCAGAGCCGGGCGCCCAAGCUGCUGCCCUGCCUGCACUCCUUCUGCCAGCGCUGCCUUCCCGCUCCCCAGCGCUACCUCAUGCUGCCCGCGCCCAUGCUGGGUUCGGCCGAGACCCCUCCGCCCGUCCCCGCCCCCGGCUCUCCGGUCAGCGGCUCUUCGCCUUUCGCCACCCAAGUUGGAGUCAUUCGAUGUCCAGUUUGCAGCCAAGAAUGUGCAGAGAGACACAUCAUAGAUAAUUUUUUUGUGAAGGACACUACUGAGGUUCCCAGCAGUACAGUAGAAAAGUCUAAUCAGGUGUGUACAAGCUGUGAGGACAACGCAGAAGCUAAUGGGUUUUGUGUAGAAUGUGUUGAGUGGCUCUGUAAGACAUGCAUCAGAGCUCAUCAAAGAGUGAAGUUCACAAAAGACCACACUGUGAGACAGAAGGAGGAAGUAUCUCCAGAGGCAGUUGGUGUGACCAGUCAGCGACCGGUGUUUUGUCCUUUUCAUAAGAAGGAACAGCUGAAGCUUUACUGUGAAACAUGUGAUAAACUGACAUGCCGGGACUGCCAGUUAUUAGAGCAUAAAGAGCAUAGAUACCAAUUUAUAGAAGAAGCUUUUCAGAAUCAGAAAGUGAUCAUAGAUACACUAAUCACCAAACUGAUGGAAAAAACAAAAUACAUAAAAUUCACAGGAAAUCAGAUCCAAAACAGGAUAAUUGAAGUAAAUCAAAAUCAAAAGCAGGUGGAACAGGAUAUUAAAGUUGCUAUAUUUACAUUGAUGGUAGAAAUAAAUAAAAAAGGAAAAGCUCUACUGCAUCAGCUUGAGAGUCUUGCAAAGGACCAUCGCAUGAAACUUAUGCAACAACAACAGGAAGUGGCUGGACUUUCUAAACAAUUGGAACAUGUCAUGCAUUUUUCUAAAUGGGCAGUUUCCAGUGGCAGCAGUACAGCAUUACUUUAUAGCAAGCGACUGAUUACAUACCGGUUACGGCACCUUCUUCGAGCAAGGUGUGAUGCUUCCCCAGUGACCAACAAUACCAUCCAGUUUCACUGUGAUCCUAGUUUCUGGGCUCAAAAUAUUAUCAAUUUAGGUUCUUUAGUAAUUGAAGAUAAAGAGAGUCAGCCACAAAUGCCUAAGCAGAAUCCUGUCGUGGAACAGAAUUCACAGCCACCAGGUGGUUUAUCUUCAAACCAGUUAUCCAAGUUUCCAACACAGAUCAGCCUAGCUCAAUUACGACUCCAGCAUAUGCAGCAACAGGUAAUGGCUCAGAGGCAACAGGUGCAACGGAGGCCAGCACCUGUGGGUUUACCAAACCCUAGAAUGCAGGGGCCCAUCCAGCAACCUUCCAUCUCUCAUCAGCAACCCCCUCCACGUUUGAUAAAUUUUCAAAAUCACAGCCCCAAAUCCAAUGGACCAGUUCUUCCUCCACAUCCUCAACAGCUGAGAUAUCCACCAAACCAGAACAUGCCACGACAAGCAAUAAAGCCCAACCCACUACAGAUGGCUUUUUUGGCUCAACAGGCUAUAAAACAGUGGCAGAUCAGCAGUGGGCAGGCUGCCGCAUCAACUGCCAACAGCACAUCCUCUACUCCUUCUAGUCCUACCAUUACUAGUGCAGCAGGAUAUGAUGCAAAGGCUUUCGGUUCACCUAUGAUUGAUUUGAGCUCACCAGUGGGAGGUUCUUAUAAUCUUCCUUCUCUUCCAGAUAUUGACUGUUCAAGUACUAUUAUGCUGGACAAUAUUGUGAGGAAAGAUACUAGUAUAGAUCAUGGCCAGCCAAGACCACCCUCAAACAGAACCGUCCAGUCACCAAAUUCAUCAGUGCCAUCUCCAGGCCUUGCAGGACCUGUUACUAUGACUAGUGUACACCCACCAAUACGUUCACCUAGUGCCUCCAGCGUUGGGAGCCGAGGAAGCUCUGGCUCUUCCAGCAAGCCAGCAGGAGCUGAUUCUACACACAAAGUCCCAGUGGUCAUGUUGGAGCCAAUCCGAAUAAAACAGGAAAACAGUGGACCACCUGAAAAUUAUGAUUUUCCUGUUGUUAUAGUGAAACAAGAAUCAGAUGAAGAAUCUAGGCCUCAAAAUACCAACUAUCCAAGAAGCAUACUCACCUCCCUGCUCUUAAAUAGCAGUCAGAGCUCUGCCUCUGAGGAGUCUGUGCUAAGGUCAGAUGCCCCUGAUAGCACAGGAGAUCAACCUGGGCUUCACCAGGAAAGUUCCUCAAAUGGAAAGUCGGACUGGCUAGCUGCCUCCCAGAAGUCACCCCUUCAUGUCGGAGAGACCAGGAAAGAGGAUGACCCCAACGAGGACUGGUGUGCAGUUUGUCAGAAUGGAGGGGAACUCCUGUGCUGUGAGAAGUGUCCCAAAGUAUUUCAUCUUUCUUGUCAUGUGCCCACUUUGGCAAAUUUUCCAAGCGGAGAAUGGAUUUGCACUUUCUGCAGAGACUUAUCUAAACCAGAAGUUGAGUAUGAUUGUGAUGCUCCCAGUCACAACUCAGAAAAAAAGAAAACCGAAGGCCUUGUUAAAUUAACACCAAUAGAUAAAAGGAAGUGUGAACGCCUACUUUUAUUUCUUUACUGCCAUGAAAUGAGCCUGGCUUUUCAAGAUCCAGUUCCUCUAACUGUGCCUGAUUAUUACAGAAUAAUAAAAAAUCCAAUGGACUUGUCAACUAUCAAGAAGAGACUACAAGAAGAUUAUUCCAUGUACACAAAGCCUGAAGAUUUUGUAGCUGAUUUUAGAUUGAUCUUUCAAAACUGUGCCGAAUUCAAUGAGCCUGAUUCAGAAGUAGCCAAUGCUGGUAUAAAACUUGAAAGCUAUUUUGAAGAACUUCUAAAGAACCUUUAUCCAGAGAAAAGGUUUCCUAAACUAGAAUUCAGGAAUGAAUCAGAAGAUAAUAAAUUUAGUGAUGACUCAGAUGAUGACUUUGUACAGCCCCGGAAGAAACGCCUCAAAAGCACAGAGGAACGCCAGUUGCUUAAAUAAGCAACACCAUUGGCGUGUGCUGGUUUUUAGAUUUUUUGUUUUUAAAAAACAUUUUGUCGGUAAUUUUAACAUCAUUACAAAAAGAGUUUGUGACCACUCUGAUCUGUAAGUUUUUGAUGUUUACUAGAUUUUGAUUUCCUUAAUAAACCAUUUCUUUUAAUCUUAUUAAGAAAGAAAGAAAAAGAAGGGAAGGAAGGAAAGGAGUAAAAGGAAGGGAGAAGAGAGGGAGGAAGGAGAAAGGAAGAAAGAAGCAUCAACAACAAAAAGACAUCUUCCCACUUCUUGGAUUUCAAAACUACAAUUUGGAGUGAUAGGAACUAUAGAAAGGAAAUAGAGUAUGUAUGAACUCUGAAGUUGAACAUUUAAUGUGGUUUGGAUGUGUGCAUUAAUCCAUUUUUAGAAAAUACCACUGCCCAUUAAUAAUGGCCCAACCAUGAGUUUAGGUGUUUGGUACUUAAGAACAGUACUCCAUGAACAAGAGUGGUAAUGAGAGUUCUAUCCUAGAAUGCUGACUGGUGCAAUGAAAAAGUAGAUUAGAUGCUAUUAAGAAGGCACCUAACAGUAUAUCAUGUAAGAUGGCAACUGUAUUAAAGAAAAAGCAGGAAAACAAAUGUUUGAUUUUUGUUUUGUUUUUUCCUUGUCUGUAGAGGUGUUUGGUAUAGCAGGUGUUCAAAGCCAUUUUUCGUACAUUUCUAAAUAUAACUUCUUCCACUGAGGAAGUAAGUGUACACGUUUGGUUUGCUGUGUGUCUCUGUGUGGUUUGUUGUUUGCUUUUUUAACAGUGCAGGUAAUCUUUUCAUAACAAGAUUCAUUGUUUGCAGUAUGGCUGUUAGUGGAACGAUCCAGAACAUGAAAUACAGCAGUGUGCGCCAUGUUUGAUGUGAGGAUUCUUCAGCACAUACCCUAAAGGGCAUUAAAUAUAAGUUCCCCUGAAAGGGACUAGUUUUGUCGUUUUCAUCUUUCUUUAUAAUUUGGAAUAAAAAUGUGUUGUGGAAUUUGGGAGCAGGAAGUUGGAGGGAAUUACAAUGAAAAUUUUAAUUUUUUCUGAAGCUUCUGUUUCCUGUUUUUAAAAGUCAGAACCUGAAACUGAAUCUUUUAUCUGACUUGAUUUUGAAUUUCAUUUUCAUUCUCCUGAUAAAGGUACAAGAAACCCAUCUUCUGAGAGCAAGCAUAAUGUUAAUGAGCCAUACCUUACUAGUUAAACUGAAUUCAUUUAUUCCUUUUGUUUGUUCAGUGUCAAAGAAGGAAACUAAGAUGGAAGGAAAAAUUGUGCCAUUUUCUAAUCUGACAUUUGACAAAAUAUUUACACAUGAAGUUUUUCAAAGUAACCUUUAUAAAACAUUAAUUGAGGAAAUUUUAGGUUGAUAGAAUAAAAAUAAGGCUGGGCUGAAAGAA